CCAGGCUAGAAGGCGGGUGUCGGUCUUCGCGUUGGCGCCGCCGCCUGGCACCGUGGAGCGGGGGCCCCCUUUCGCCUGGGAGUUUUGUGGUCGCCUGGGGUCAGCGGUGACAUCCCAAAGGGCAGGCCCGGCAGCCGCUAUGGUGGCCAAGGAUUACCCCUUCUACCUCACGGUCAAGAGGGCGAACUGCAGCCUGGAGGUACCCCCGGCCAGCAGUGCGGCCAAGGACGCCGAGGAGCCUAGUAAUAAACGGGUCAAACCCCUUUCCAGGGUCACGUCACUCGCAAACCUCAUCCCGCCUGUGAAGGCCACACCGUUAAAGCGCUUCAGCCAAACCCUGCAGCGCUCCAUCAGCUUCCGCAGUGAGAGCCGGCCUGACAUCCUUGCCCCCCGACCCUGGUCCAGAAAUGCCACCCCCUCAAGCACAAAACGAAGAGACAGCAAGCUGUGGAGUGAGACCUUCGACGUGUGUGUCAAUCAGAUGCUCACAUCCAAGGAAAUCAAACGUCAAGAGGCCAUCUUUGAGCUUUCUCAAGGAGAAGAAGACUUGAUAGAGGACUUGAAAUUAGCAAAAAAGGCCUAUCAUGACCCCAUGCUGAAACUCUCCAUCAUGACGGAACAAGAGUUGAAUCAGAUUUUUGGAACACUGGACUCUCUAAUCCCUCUACAUGAAGAUCUCCUUAGUCAGCUUCGAGAUAUUCGGAAGCCUGAUGGCUCAACUGAGCAUGUUGGUCCCAUCCUCGUGGGCUGGCUGCCUUGUCUCAGCUCCUAUGACAGCUACUGCAGCAAUCAAGUAGCCGCCAAAGCUCUACUGGACCACAAAAAACAAGAUCACAGAGUCCAAGACUUCCUGCAGCGAUGUUUAGAAUCCCCCUUUAGCCGCAAACUAGACCUCUGGAAUUUCCUUGAUAUUCCGAGAAGCCGUCUGGUGAAAUAUCCUCUGCUUCUUCGAGAAAUCUUGAGGCACACACCAAAUGAUAACCCAGAUCAGCAGCACCUGGAAGAAGCAAACAAGGAGAUGAAGGAAGAGGAGACUGGUGACUGGGAAGCAGGCUGGGAGGAUGCUGCAGUGGUCCAGGGAGCUAGAAACCGUAUGUCUGCACAGGUUGUGCACUGCAGUCUGACUAGUACCUCUGGGGCUGGCGGCCCUGGCUUCAAGUGCCUGCUACAGAAAGGCUCUCUCCAGCGGGCCUCUUGGGAGAAACUGCAUGUUUUCCUGUUCCAAGAAGUGCUUGUGAUCACUCGAGCUGUCACCCACAACGAGCAGCUCUGCUACCAGUUGUACCGGCAGCCGAUCCCUGUAAAGGACCUCCUGCUGGAAGACCUGCAGGAUGGAGAAGUGAGGCUGGGCGGCUCCCUGCGUGGGGCCUUCAGCAACAAUGAGAGAAUUAAAAAUUUUUUCAGAGUAAGUUUCAAAAAUGGAUCCCAAAGUCAGACCCACUCGCUACAAGCCAAUGACACCUUCAACAAACAGCAGUGGCUUAACUGUAUUCGUCAAGCCAAAGAAACAGUUCUGUGUGCUGCUGGGCAGGCUGGAGUGCUUGACUCUGAGGGACCAUUCCUAAAUCCUGCCACGGGGAGCAGGGAGCCACAGGGAGAGACAAGACUUGAGCAGAUGGACCAAUCGGACAGUGAAUCAGACUGUAGUAUGGACACGAGUGAGGUCAGCCUCGACUGUGAGCGCAUGGAGCAGACAGACUCUUCCUGCGGGAACAGCAGGCACGUUGAAAGCAAUGUCUGACAGAAGCGCAUCUACUUCCUGGAAGUUGCCCUGUGUCUUACUGUACAGUAUUUGCAUUCCACACGUGGAACGGUUUGGAGAAGCACUUUUUAAUACUUUUGUGACCGUGUUGACCCAGUCUCUUAUAUCUGUACCUUUGUCCCUAGUACUGUAACUGCCAAUCUGUCUGUGUAAGCUGGAAUCUGUGACAACUGUUACCCUGUGUUGCAUUUCACAAGUGGAUGGAUGGAGAGGUACUUGAACAAGUUACUUUCAAUUGUCCUGCUGGAUUUUAAAAACAGUAAAAGAAUCUCUAAACUACUGUUUGUGUAGAUUACUUAGAAUCCCUCCAUGCUCCCCAGCUCUUAGACAUGGUAGCUGACGGCACAGAAGUUAGAGGGCCUUGCAAACAGGACAUGAGGAAGUCACUCAUGUCUGGCGAUGGCAUUUGAGGGAGAACUGGGAAAGUUAAAUGCCUCGGAGUAAGAUUGGUGUGAUGGCAUUCAACCAGAAAGCGUCAUUGAACAACAUCCCUGGGGAUUCCAGAGGCUUCAUUUUGCAAGGGAAAAAGUUCUGUGUUGACCUUGUGAUUGAUUCCAUCCAGUGCAAGUUUGAUGCAGUAAUCUAUUAGGGCAUGAAAUAGAGUCUGACCUUAAAUGGGCAAUUAUGCAGAAGCAGCUGCCAGCUCUGAAUCUUUGACAGAAAUGCGCAUUGCACCAAGACACCUCUGUAGUAGUUAGUGGCUUGCCUUCAGAGCCAUUUCUAGCCGAAAACAUCAGAAUAGAGACUGAAAGGGCCUGGGAAAAACCUUCCAGGAUCACAGGAAGGCCGUGUCUUCAUUCAUGUUGUUCCAUCUCUCAGCCUACUCAGCCUUUAUAGCAGAAAUGAAAAGGUGAGGAAAAGAGACAGUGACCGUCAGUGACUCUGUUUACAGAAGCUUGGGAGAGGAAGAACUUGGAACUGGAAGUGUUUCAUCAUGACCUUAUGUGGGAGGCCUUAGAAAAGUAGUGUCCAGUGCUCCUCUGAGAAAGGCCAGAGCCUUGGGUUUUCCUGCUGUGCUUCUGGGUCAUCAGUUUUGCUGUCUCUGACUCUGUGCUGCGGUCAGAAUCAUAAUUACAUUCUCCAGAGGCCAGUUCAAUUAGCCUUAUGAUUUCAUUUGACGCAGUGGUUAAAGCACUCGGCUGCUAACUGAAAGGUAGCCAUUUCGAACCCACCAGCUGCUCUGCGGGAGAAAGAUAUGGCAGUCUGCUUCUGUGAAGAUUACGGCCUUGGAAACCCCGUGGGGCAGUUCUGCUCUGUCGUCCCGGGUCACUAGGAGUUGGAAUUGACUCAAUAGCAUUGGGUUUGGUUUUUAUGAUAAAUUAGGAUCAGUUAGCCAAACUGGAAACCUCUUAGUCCAGCCUUGACUUACAGUACAGACUUGGUUGCAGAUCUUGGUGGGGGGGGGGUGUUAACUAAAUGCACACAGAAAAGCUCCCUGUGAGUGUAAAUAUUAAGGAAGACCUGUGCAAAAUUAUACCCGCACCAGCACUAGUAGUAAUGAUUCUAAAUUAUUGCCAAAAAGGUUUUUCUUUUAAAUCUUCUGUGUUUUUCAAGUUUACAGGGGGAAAAAAAAAA